GGCUUGAAGUGCUCGAUUUAAUGCAUCACCAGGUUGCGUGUAACCACAGCAGCAUAUAGGAAUUGGGAGUAAUAUAACCAGAGAUGAUGAAUGGAAUCCGAGUCGUAUUCCUCGAGAAGAAUUUCAGGUUAGGUAAAUGCUUCAAAUGUCAACAGUUAGGGCAUUGGGCUAAGGACUGCCCCAAUAAUUCCACGCAAGAACAGGUUCCAAAUGUUUUACUUGGCAAUGGAAGUUUAGGCAAAUGCUUCAAAUGUCAACAAUUAGGGCACUGGGCUAAGCACUGCCCCAGUAAUUCGACGCAAGAACAGAUACCAAGUUUUUCACUUGGAAAUGACGUUAUUCCACCAAAAAUGUGUCGUUGUGAUAGAGAAAGUCUCAUUAUCACCUCAAAUGCCUUUACAAACCCUGGCCGAAAGUUCUACAGGUGUUAUCAGUGUGAAUUUUUUGAAUGGUGUCCUGACCUCGAAGCCUUUGCUUCACAAAACCCUAACCCUAACUCUCAGUCACGAAACCCUAACCCUAGCCUUAGCUCUUCUUCAGAUUAUCAUAGUCCAAACCCUAGCCAAAGCUCUCCUCCAAAUAACCCUAACUCUCCCACACAAAACCCCAACGCUAGCGCUCACGAAGAAUUGGGAUUGCAGCAACAGUUUGCAUCUCCUGGCUGUGAUGGGAGGAUUAAGUACAGUAAUGAGUCGUCUAUCCUGUGCGAAUGUGAAGCAGGUCCUUGCAUGCCUUUAACUACCCAGAAUGGGAAAAAUAAAGGCCAGCAGUAUUUUAAAUGCCCCAUCAAAAAGGGAGAAGGAUCUUGUGGGUUUUUCAAAUGGUGUGAUGAAUUGGUCUCAGCUACUUCCUCUUCAAAUAAUUCUGUGAAGUCCGAGCCAGAGGAAACUGUGAGAAGAAAUGGUUUCGGAACCCUGCAUUUUUGUCCUGAAGUCGCAUCUGUGAGGUUUCUAGCCAGUUGUACAAUGGCUGCAUCGGAAAGUUCAGGCAAAUGCUACAAAUGUCAUGAAUUGGGGCACUGGGCUAGGAACUGCCCCAAUGAUUCCUCGCAAGGGCAGGUACAAUAUUUUUCACCUGGCAAUGUAAGUUCAGGUAAAUGCUUCAAAUGUCAACAAUUAGGGCACUGGUCUAAUAACUGUCCCAAUAAUUCCACGCAAGAAGUACCGCAAUUUUCACUUGGCAUUGACGUUAUUCCACCAAAAAUGUGCUGCUGUCCUAGACAAUGCCUUAUUCUCACCUCAAAGACCUCUGCAAAUCCUGGCCGAAAGUUCUACAAGUGUUAUCAGUGUAAUUUUUUCGAAUGGUGUGAUGACCUCGAAGCCUCUGCCUCACAAAACCCUAACCCUAGCUCUCAGUCACCAAAUCUUAACCCUAGCUCUCAGUUGCCAAAUCUUAGCCCUAACUCCCAGUCACGAAUUCCUAACCCUGGCCUUAGCUCUCCUUCAAAUAAUCGCAGUCCGUACCCUAGCCACAGCUCUUCUGCAAAUAACCCGAACUGUAACCCUAACUCUCCCAUACGAAACCCCAACACUGGCGCUCAUGAAGAACUUGGAUCGCAGCAACAGUUUGUAUCAAUCAUGUGCGAAUGUGAAGCAGGGCCUUGCCGACUUUUAACUGCCCAAACUGAGAAAAAUAAGGGCAGGCUGUUUUUUUCGUGUCCCAUCAAAAAGGGGGAAGGAUCUUGUGGGUUUUUCAAAUGGUAUGAUAAAUUGGAUUCAGCUGCUUCCUCUUCUAUAAAAGGUGUGAGGUCCGAGCCAGAGGAAAGUGUGAGAUGAAAUGGUGCUUACCAAGAUACUGUCCAGAAAGUUUUGAGAAGAGGGAAAAAAGUUCUCCUUAUUUGUCCAUAAACUGGAGUUCAAUCCCUGCAGUUAGAUUGUCCAUAAUAUUAACAUAGGUUAUUUUUAUUUUCAA